AUGGGAGUCAUACCCAUUGUGAAUGAAAACGAUACCCUGGCAGUUUCCGAAAUCAAAUUUGGCGAUAAUGAUACCCUUUCAGCGAUUACUGCGGCCAUGAUACACGCAGACCUCUUAUUUCUCAUGACGGAUGUCGAUUGUUUGUACGAUAAGAACCCGAGAAGCAACCCCGAUGCCAAGCCCAUCGAAAUCGUCGAGGACAUUUCAGCCCUCGAGGCGGAUGUCUCGAGUGCCGGAUCAGCAUUGGGUACUGGUGGUAUGAGCACCAAGAUCAUUGCCGCACGACUCGGGACGUCGGCGGGCGUGACAACAAUCAUCACUAGGUCGUCCAAUCCAGGCAACAUCCUGAGCAUCGUGCGCUACCUCCACCAGUCUCAGCCUUCGAGAUCGGCAUCGUCCGUGUCGCUCAACCUCAUUGCUGCAUCAGAAAAUAUAGAGACAAGGCCAGCUCCGCCAUUACACACAAGAUUUCUGCCUUCAACCGACCCGAUCCGAGACCGUCACUUUUGGCUCCUCCACACUCCCAACCCCCACGGCACGCUGUAUAUCGACGAAGGAGCCCACAAAGCGCUCCUUAACAAGGCUGGUCUGCUCCCCGUUGGUGUAGUAGACGUCGAAGGGAACUUUGCCCAGCAAGAAGUCGUCCGGCUCAUCGUAGUCAGCCGACGAUCGGCUCCCGGCCCAGAUGGGAAGCGCUGGGAGGGCUUGGGAUUGGAAGUUGGACGGGCUCUGGUCAACUAUGCCGCCCCCGAAAUCUCGAGGAUCUUGGGCCAUCAGAGUACGGAGAUCCGAGGCAUACUAGGCUAUGCGGACAGUGAAUAUGUUGCGCACCGUUCACACAUUGGGAUUUUUAGGGCGGAGAGCAGGUCUGCGACUCCGACGAGAGAGUUGCGCUAG